UCGGUUCCGCCUCAUCCUACCACCGAAAGGCCGUGCGCCUCACCUCCGCGGAGCACUCCGCGGGCGCGUUCAUUCUCCGCACGCCCGUCGUGCUCCUCGACCGCCCGGGCAACUCCGCCAACAGCUCCGCCUGCCGCGCGCUCGCCUGGAGCUCCGUCUUCUCCUUCCGCGUGAGCGGCCCCGCGGACGGCUUCGCCAUGGUGCUGUGGCAGCGCUUACGCAAUCUGGGCUCCGCGGACGGGUAUCUGGGGUACGGGGGCGGCGUCCGCUACCGCCGCUCGCGCGCGCUGGCGAUAGAAUUCGACACGUACCAUAACGUUUGGGAUCCGAAGCCCAGUUUUAGCAUCCGGCGCGCGUGGGUGAUCUACAACGGGCGCGACCUCGCGGUGUACGUGGGGCGCGGGCGCACGCGGCCGCGGCGGGCGGUGAUGCGCGGGCGGAUGAAUCUGUGCGCGGUGCUGAAGAAGCCCGGGUUCUUCGUGGGCUUCACGGCGUCCUCCGCCGCCUCGCCCGCCGUGCACGAUAUUCUCAGCUGGACCUUCGCCGUCGCUCCGGCAGCGGCGCAGCAGUGCCCCACGUGCCUGAGCACGACGGCAGCCAAGACGGCCGUGGCAUGCUGCUCGCCGUUCCGCUGCUGCAACGGCUUCUGCCUCGCGCCCACGGAGCUCUGCGGCGGCAGCAAGUGCUGCGGCAGUCCUGCGAACGGCAGAGUGUGCUGGGCGAACAGGUGUUGCAGCGUUACCAGUAUCUGCAUGACGAAAGAGAAGAAUGCUGUCUGCUGUAACCAAGUUGGCAACAGCACAUGUUGCCUCUAGAGUCUAAUCACCCUCUAUUUAAGUG